AUCGACAUUUACACUAUUUCCUUUUCAUUGUUUUUCAAAUCGUUCUUUAAACUGUAAUGAUGGUCAAUUUGAAUGCGCAAUAAGGAAGAAGUAUGAAGUGUGGUGUUUUCCUCGGUGCAAUUUGUGUCAGAUUGUUCAUUAUGUCUGCAGCGAGUGGUCUUACCUAUUUCGAGCAACAUUUCCUUUUUUCGAAUAAAUUUUUUCAAUGUACUAUGGGUUUGAGACCUUAUCAAAGUUCGAAUGAUCUUUUGGUUCAAGUAUGUUCAGCUGGUCUUUAUGGAUUUCCAAUAAUAGCACACCAAGUAAAUUUUUAUCAGCUCGCCAUUUCUGUAGUCCCUCUAGCAACAACUAUCAAAGUACUGCAGUAUAUGUUCGCAGCUAUAUGCUUUUUCUAUACUUACAGUAAUUAUUACUCUAACUACCUACAAAUGAAAUCAAUUAUUUCUCAUAUUAAGUUUGAUUACGAGCAUAUGUCUAAUAAAUAUGAAUUCGAUAUUACGGAAAAAUAUACUAAAGAGAGUAAAUUAUAUACGUUUUCUAUCCUAGGUACGGGCAUAAAAUACUACACGAAAAUUGGAAUACACACUACUACAAUUAAAUUUUUGUAUUUAUGUUUUUUUGUAGUUGUCUUCAACCUGUAUUUUCUUGCAACAAUAACUCCCUGCUUUUUAAGUAUUUUUUCAUAUCAAUUUGGUACAUUGGCAAAUGUUAAUUUAUCUUUACCCAUUCCUAUAAAUUAUGUUUUAAACCUUGGACCGAUAUAUUACAGUUUACUUAUUUACCAAGCAACAGGAAUUUAUAUGUCAAUAUCUAUAGCAAUUAUAUGUUUUUCAACGUAUUUGGUAUUCAUAAAUCACGCGUGUUGUCAAUUAAGCGUUAUAAGAUUGAAAAUUGGACAUCCUUUUGUAAAACCACAGAAAUUUAAACAAAUUAUGGAUGAAUUCGAUUGGAUCGUGGACGUAAUACAGUGUCAUGAAAGGAUCUUGAGAUAUAUUACGUUACUCAACACUGUUUCAAAGAGAGUUUACUUAUUCGAAAUUUUCUUCAUUAUGCUCUUCAUAAUAUUGGAUUUCUUGUUUAUAUUUCAAGUUUCAUCGGUGAGGGAAAACAUAAUCCAAAUUAUCGAAUGUAGUUCCUAUAUUGCAUGCUCUAUAUUUGUUACAUUUGUUAAUUUUUAUGUUGGACAGACGCUUAUAAACCAUAGCGUAGAAGCACGUGAUGAAUUGUGUAAAAUACCAUUCUAUAAUCUUUCAAUUAGAGUUCAAAAAUUGUUAUUAUUUAUGUUAAUGAGAUGGUCGAAGCCAUGCGUGCUUUCAAUCGGAGAUAUAUUCGUAUCGUCGCAUGAAGCAUUCGUUGUGGUAAGCGGAAAAAGAUAUAUUAUAGAUAUUAAAUCUCCUUAUCUUAAAGAAGAAUCUUUUAUUUUAGUUAUUGCAAAAAGCAUUCUCUUUCGCAUCGGUGUACCGCAAUAUACAUUAACAUUACCUUACUUAUAUAUAUCUGUGAUGUAUUAUUAUCAUCAUUAUUUGACCAUUUUUUAAUUUUAAGAAUACAAAAUUGUAGUAAUUGGAAUUAAAUAUAACCAAAGUUUUGA